UGGGCAGGAGUGCGUGUUGUGUGCUGUACGAGAGUGUCACGAGUUGGGUCCGUAGCCAGAGAGUUUCAAUAUCGUCACAGAUUUCCAACGAACGUGCAUACAAGUUCCUUUCAUUUAUCGUGUGAGAUCAAAAGAGAGAGAGAGAGAGAGAGAGAGAGAGAGAGAGAAAGAGAGAGAAAAAGAAAAAGAAUAACACAAUAUUUAACAACAAUGUCGGCCAUUUUGAAAAUAAUUUCAUUGAAUUUACAUUUACCAAAAGAAAAAUAAAACAAUGUGAAUUACUUUAUAAGAAGAAAAAUUAUCAGAAAAAAAGAGAGAAAGAAUUAAACGUGGGCAAGGUUAUGGGCGUGCUCGGAGGAUUCCUAUUCAGUGGUUCUCAUUUCUUCGUCAUUCUGUUAUAUAUCAAAGAAGCUUAUAUCUUCAUACCAGUUUAUUUCGAUGUCGUUGAUUCUUGAUCGAUAUAACGUGGAAAUAGUUGUGACGUAACGCCUGUGUGUGUGUUUCGUCCCUCAAAGAUAUAUCUAUCUAUCUAUCUAUCUCUCUUUUUCUUCCUCUCUCUUUUUAUACAUAUAUAUAAGGAAAAAGGAAACGCGAUAAGAAGGAUGACGCGUAAAUUGAGCAAGUUCUUAAUACUCUUCGACAAUACCAAUCUACUUUACUUUCCUGGUCAUUUUUUAUCCGGUCGUGUGCUUAUCGAGCUUGACGAUGAGGCAUACGUCUCUGGACUGCAUUUUCACGUUGUUGGCGAAGGAGUUGUUCGUGUUCGUAGUCAACGUGCUGAAAGGGUCUACGAUAAAGAGAACUAUAUAGAUUUUCGAAUGAGACUUCUCGGCGAACCGGGCGAAGGACCGUCGCUUUUAUCACCGGGGAUUCACAGUUUUCCUUUCAAAUUGGGUUUACCUUUAGGCUUACCAUCAACCUUCUUGGGCAAACAUGGCUGGGUUCAAUAUUAUUGCAAAGCUGCAUUACGAGAACCAGGUGGAUUGACCCAUAAAAAUCAACAGGUUUUCAUCGUUAUGAAUCCAAUCGAUUUGAAUCUCGAGCCACCGAUUUUAGCGCAACCAGCGAGGCAAGAGAUCGAACAACGCGUUGGUGUAUCAUGUGUCUCGAGUGGUCCGGUUUUAUGUCGAGUAAGUUUAGAUCGUGGCGGAUAUGUACCUGGUGAAACCAUCGGAAUCUCUGCUACCGUUAAUAAUCGUAGCAAGGUUACGAUGAAAUCGACGAAAGCAUCUCUGACCGAAACGAUUCAAUAUCUAUGUCGUGGUAAAGUACUUGCGAGUGAAACUCGAGAACUAGCUAGCGUUUCAAGGGGAAAAAUUCGACCAGGCGAAGGCGAAGAAUGGUUGAACGAACAAAUGUAUGUUCCACCAUUACCACCCACGAAUUUGAGAGGGUGUCAUUUGAUCAACGUACUGUAUCAUGUUUAUUUUGUUAUAAGCCCAAAGAGCUUGAACAAGGAAAUAAAACUACAGAUACCAAUUGUACUAGCCACUUAUCCGCUCAGGCAAGAAGGAGCACCGGCAGGUACAGCGCCUUCUAAACGAGGAGCUCAUUAUCCUUCAACGCUGCCAAUUUUUAGACCAUGGCUCGAUGACAAAGCUUUUGAGAUACAGGAAUGAAUGUAUUAAAUGUAUGUUAAUAUUAUUCAUUCCUUUUCCCUUCUUUUUUUUUUUGUCCAAUUUGAAAUCAUGGAUGCAAAGCAAAUGUUAUCAAAAUGUGUGUAAUAACCAAAAUACGAUGAUUCUGAUUUCUUCUAGACGUUUGAGAUAUCGAAGAAGAUGAAAUACGCUUAUAACAAUGCUUCGUAAUCUUACCUUUGAAAGAUCUGAAUUAUCCAAUUAAUAUUUCUUGAUCCAAACAUUGGAUUUAUUCUAAUGGAAUACUCGAGAUCUUAAUGAAAUAGUUAACUAAUUUUAUUGAAUAUUUAAUUGCAAAAUCCUACUAAAGAUGUUUUAUAUAUUAAUACAUUUUUAAUAUUUUAAAUACUUAAGAUAGUAUUAGGGAUAAAAAUCCGUCCAUUUUCAAAUUUCAAAUAAUUAAGAUAUUUUUUAAUAUUAAUAGAUUAAGAUAUUUUUUAAAUUGCCUUAUAUUUUAUGUACAGCAGAUAUGAAUUAUAUUGAGAAUAGAAGUGAUGAAAGAAAAAUAAUAUAAUAAAAAAUGUUGACAAAUCAA